AUGUUGUCAUGUCUUUUUCUCAUCAGGUUGAUUCGAGCAACUGCGCGCGUGUGUCGCAACAUUAGGUCUGGAGAAGGUCGUGCUAAGGAGGACAUGUCUGGAGGCAGCCACGAGAAAACGUCUUGUAGUGGCGUGGAGGGCAGCGGAGAGGGCGAUGGUGAUGGAACGACACGGAGCAGCACGGCCGAUUCAAAGCCGCCGCCCCUGGUCGCUAACUCACGCUGGACGCUCCGCCCCACGCCCUACUCUCUGCCCCGGACAGACGAGGGCGUCAUCAUACAUGCUUUGUACGUUGUGCUGACGCCGCUGCUGAACAAUGUGGAGGAGGAAUGGCACAAGUUUUUCGCCACUCAUUUCAACCUCCACGAGGCCGAGGAUGGCAAUGCCGCCGCGCAGGGGGUGGAGGAGUGCCUGCGGGAGGUGCUGCUGGAGUGGGGGUACGGCGACGCGCCCGAGGGGGUGGCAAGCCUGACGCAGGGUGAAGACAUCCAACCACCAGAAGCGCCUCUGAAAUAUGAGGAAGGUGAACACAACUCUGCAAAAUCACACCAGACCGAGGCGGGAAGUGAGGAGCGCUGCAGGAAGCUGAGUGGGCGCGGAACCUCCCUGCUGACGGCGGCGCUGCACCUCCACUCCCUGCUGACUGUGAAUGGCUGCUGCUGCCUCAUGGGGCCUCCUGCGGCAGGGAAGACCACUGUCUGGAGGGUGCUGGCGGCGGCGGUCAACAGGCUCUGGCGGCGAGCGGGCAGUGGCAAGGCACGUCGAGUACGCGUGCGUGUGGUGGCGUGCGGCGCCUUCACCAGGACACACCUGCUGGGGGCGUGGCGGGACGCGGGCCGCGCCUGGCGGAAGGGCGUGCUCUUCACCGCCCUCACCCACACGCACAAGCUUGGCGAGGACGAGCACUGGCUGGUGGUGUCAGGCCCCUUCCCCCGCGGCGUGCUGGCGGCCUUAGCCCCGCUGUGCCACGCCUCCCAGAACCUCACGGACGAUGCCCUGCACCAACUGACGCCGCCGCGAGGCUUCAAGCUUAUCUUCGAGGCGGCUGCCGGAGGGGACCUCACACCGCUGAUCCUCGUCAGGUGUCCGGUACUGGAGGUGCCCGAGGAGCAGAUGACCAUCCCUCGAGCUGCUGACAAGGCUCUUCGGGCGCUGGCGGUGACGCUGCCGUGCAUACAGAACCCGGAGGUGUUCGACCAGUGCAGCGCCUCCCUCGCCGAGGGCCUCCGAUCCCUCGGGCUGCCUCACACCUCCCUGGAAUGCGUGGCUCAGUGCGCGUGUCGACUGACCGAGGGGAGACUGACGCCCACUGCGCCGCCCGAGGAGAUGAUGGAGGCGCUGACCCAGGUGCUGGAGCUGCUGCACACCGCGCGGCAUCCACACCUGCACCGCGACGCCAGGGAGGGCUCCUACACACCCGCCAGGCUAGACUCCCGGAGCCCCGCGCCCUCGGAUGCCUUCCUGGACUUUCCUGGGCGAGUCGUGGCCAUUCCGGAGUUUCAAGCUGGACUCUCCCUUCUGCCGCAGCUCCUGGACGCCGCCUGCCCGCUCCUCCUUCAUUCUAAGCCUGGCCACGGUCUCAGCACUUUCCUUGACAUCUUUGAGCGUAACCUGGCGCCGGCGACCCACGUCAUUCGUUUCCGCUGUACUCCGCUCACCACGGCAGAGGACCUCUUUGCCUCCAUGACCGCCUCGCUGCUGCCCUGUCCGCUGCGGGAGGAUCGGUCACGGCAGACCUCCAAGCGGCCGUACAGCGACCACUGGAGAGCACCCAGUGACGGGGCAGAGGAGGAAGGAAUGCGUGGCCUGGCGCCUGGCGACGAGGGGUUCACGCUGCUGAUCCUGGAGGACGUGCACCUGCAGCUGGACGCAGACGGCACGGCAGGAACGCUCUGUGAGACCUUCAGGCACCUGGUGGAGUGCGGGGAGGUGGUGUGCCCCACGUCCGGCCAGCGGUACCGUCUGCAGCGAGUGGUGCCCAUCCUCACGCUGUCCAGCCCCGCCGCCCCCGAGCACCUCGUCCCCGCCAGGAUCCUGCGGCACUGCGUCCUCAUGGGCCUCCCGCACAUCGCUGCCGCCACCUGCGAGUACCUCAUCAAGGCGAGUGAGCAUGCAAGGAGCCGCACUUUGAGAUGUGCUGCAUUUUAUAGCUGUAAGAAGCCUGUGACAUAUAGAAAGGCUCGUAAAAAUAUUAUUGAAACAGUCGUAGAAAGGUGAGCCAUAUUGGAAGCUCUUCACACUACUU